CAAAGUGAAAUUCCUUUGGCACCUAUGGAGGUUUGCUGAAGGACUUCACAGCCAUAGACCUGGCAGAACACGCUGCCCGGGCAGCGCUGGCGGCUGGCUGGCAGCUGGCAAGGUCUCUCCUGAGAUCGUUGACAGCGUCAUUGUUGGCAAUGUCGUGCAGGAAAUCUGUCUUAAUGACUCAGAAGUGGUUCUGUGUGGUGGAGCUGAAAAUAUGAGCCAGUCUCCUUAUGCUGUUCGAAAGAUUCAGUUUGUAACCAAAUUAGGAAUAGAUAUCAAGAUGGAAGACACAUUGUGGUCAGCUGUGAAUGACACACACAUUAAAACACCUAUGGGAGUUACAACUGAAAAUCUGGCAGUAAAAUACAACAUUACAGGGGAGGACUGUGACCAAUACGCAAUGAAAACACAACAGAGAUGCAAAGCUGCUUCCGAUGCUGGUUACUUCAAUGAGGAGAUGGCACCAAUUGAAGUGAAAACAAAAAAAGGGAAAGAAAGCAUGCAAAAGGAUGAGCACCCACAGCCCCAGACUACACUGGAACAACUGGCAAAACUCCCAACUGUCUUUAAGAAGGAUGGAACAGUCACUGCUGGAAAUGCUUCAGGUGUGUGUGAUGGCAGUGGAGCAAUCAUCAUUGCCAGUGAAUCAGCACUUAAAAAGCACAGUCUCACUCCACUGGCAAGGAUAGUAGCUUAUCAUGCAUCUGGCUGUGACCCUAACAUAAUGGGCAUUGGCCCUGUACCUGCAAUUACUGAAGUCCUGAAGAAGGCAGGACUGACCCUGAAGGACAUGGAUUUAGUGGAGGUGAAUAAGGCAUUUGCGCCCCAGUACCUGGCAGUUGAAAAAGUCUUGGGCCUUGACUCAGAAAAAACUAAUGUCAACGGAGGUGCCAUUGCAAUUGGUCAUCCUUUGGGUGCUUCAGGAUCACGGAUCACAGCUCAUCUGGUUUAUGAAUUAAGGCGUCGUGGUGGGAAAUACGCAGUUGGGUCAGCUUGCAUUGGAGGUGGACAAGGCAUCGCUGUCGUCAUUGAGAACACAGCCUGAGAGGUUCUGGAGACUUCAGUGGUGCACAGAUUUGUAAUUCCUCCCCCCAAAAAGAUUCCUGUUGUGAAGAUAAAGCCUCACUACCUCCCCUUCAUUUGGUGCCAUUCCUGCAAGGUGAAGGAAUGGCUGAGAAGUCUGACUUCUGAAAAAGAAAACUU